CUUGUUUUCCGUGUGGGACGAUUUGAUUGGAACGUGGACGGUCUUUUCGAGGCUUUAUUUUUCUUAAAUGUUUUGGUCAACGUCAACCGACUCUAUUCGUCAAUUUUAGUUCUGAAUGUCUCGAAAGAAAAUCAUUUACAUAUUCAACAAAUAUCUUUCCUGCUGUUCUGUUCUUUCUUAUCUGCGUGUCAACACUCCAAUCAUCUUCUCAAUAUUUAAUAAUAUCUAGUAUGUCUCUUAUUCCGGAAUUCAACCACCUUAAAAUUCCACUUGAAGCCAUCAAAUUAGCCACAGAAAACUUUUCCGACUGUAACGUCAUCGGUCAUGGUGGAUUUGGGAGGGUGUACAAGGGUCAACUCCCAGUCAUCCCCGCCUCUUCCACCAGGCCAUCCACCACCGUCGCUGUAAAAAGGUUAGAUGUGAAGUGCGGGCAGGGAGAAAAAGAGUUUUUGAUGGAGAUCGUGAUGCUCUCAAGUUACAAACACGAGAAUCUCGUCUCUCUUGUUGGAUUCUGUGAUGAAGGUGAUGAAAAGAUCAUUGUGUAUAAUCAUGAGAUUCAUGGAAGCCUCGAUAAUCACUUAGCCACUGAUCAUCUUACAUGGGCGCAAAGGAUUCAUAUAUGUCUUGGUGCUGCUCGAGGACUAUAUUACCUGCAUAACGAUGUAGGAGAGGGGCACAGGGUGCUACAUCGCGACAUAAAGAGCUCAAAUGUUUUGUUGGAUGAGAAUUGGAAUGCAAAGAUUUCUGAUUUUGGGUUGUCUAAAAUAGGCCCCACAAACCAGGAGUUUACUUUUCUUGUCACCAAUGCAGUUGGGACAUUAGGUGUUAUGUGGAAGGCCAGCAAUGAUUAGAAAAUAUGAUGAUGAACGUAGGUUCUUAUCUCACUUGGUCACACUUCGUUAUAAAGAAAGAAACAUAGAUGAAAUCAUUUUUCCUGAAAUACGGAAACAAGCAAAACCAAAUUCAUUGCAAACAUUCAGAAAGAUUGCUUAUCAGUGCCUCAGUAUGGAUCGGAAACAACGUCCAACAAUGGCAGUGGUUAUCAAACAACUACAAAUCUCGUUGGAAUUUCAAAUCGGUCAGCAACGAUUUUCACAAGCUGAAAGAGACCAUAGAGAAAAGAAUAACUUGAUGCAUCGUACUUCCAAAGUAUUUUUUUCUGUAAUGAAAAAUCUCUUUUUGUUCUCUAAUAGGGUGAAUAGUGAUAGAUCUAAUGAUCGAGGUAAUUCAUACUUAGAAGAAGAUAGCCCGGGAAUAAAAGAGUUCCAAAUAAUUGGGGAUGCUAAACCUGGAGGUAAACUUCUAGUGUGUGGAUUUCCAUUGCAUGGGACCUCACAAUGCAUGUUUCAGUGGGUUCAUUACCAUCGAGAUGUUACUUUGGAGUACAUUGAGGGAGCCACAAGUCCAGAGUAUAUAGUUACAGCUGAUGAUGUUGAUAAACUUAUUGCUGUUGAAUGCAUACCAAUGGAUGAUCAUGGUCGUCAGGGGGAAAUAGUCCGACUUUUUGCCAAUGAGCAAAACAAGAUAAUCUGUGAUCCAGAAAUGCAAGAAGAGAUAGACAAAUAUAUGGCAGCUGGUCAAGCAUCAUUUAGUAUUUUGCUUCUGAUGGAUUCUUCCGAGAAUCGGGAGCAAACAACUUUCACUUUAAGGCGAUCAAACUACCAAGUAAAGAUCAAUCGGACACAAGAAAUUUUCAUCCAAGGGGAAUAUACCAAUGAUGUAUCGAUAAAGAUCCCUUCAGGUCUUCCUACACAAUUUGUGUUGACAUAUUCGGAUGGUUCUUCACAUCCUUUUAAUACUUUCCAGGAUGCUCGAAUGCGAGAUACACUGGUGCUCACAAUGAGAAUGUUCCAAAGAAAGGUAUUGGAUGAAAGAAGGAAUGCAACAUGAAACUUUUAUUCUUCGAUAUAGACACAAGUAUUAUAUAUUCUUUGUAGAAAUGAAGUAAAGAACAAGAAGACACUUUUAGAAGGUUUUGCGGUUUAGAUUGUAAUCAAUGAGUGAGAGUGAAAACAAUGGUGUAUUGAUCUAAAAGUUAAUAAAAUACUUACUUUUGGCGUUA